UUUAAAUACAAGUGCCUACAUCUAAUACCGUGGUUCCUCAAAGAUUAGAAUGAAACUUUUAAUCUUAUCUUUUUGCCUGUUACUGGUGAAUUUAUGUUUGGCAAGUGGGUUUUAGAAUGGGAAACCGUCUCAUGUUACCCACGGUGGUAACCAUAAUAAUCAGAAAACCAGUCUUGGGAUAUACAAUGGUAAAAAAACAACUAUAGCAAAAUUCCCUUUCAUGGUUUCAAUAUUAGUCAAAACUGUGUUCGUUGGUGCUGGAGUGAUUUUAAAUUCUAACAGGAUAUUGACUACUGGCUUCAACGUUAACUGGGUACAACAAGGGGAUCUGUCAUUCCGGGUGGGAAGUACCAAAUGUGAAAAGGGCGGCCAGCUCUUCACUGCAGACAAGGUUUUAACAAACGUGAACUACACUGGUACCUGGGUCUACGAUAUCCCAGUCGUCAAGCUAAACAAGCCUAUCAAGUUUGGCAAGCACGUCAAGCCCAUUAAGCUUGGAACUAAAAGUCUCAAACCGACGACUAAAGUUGCGAUAGCGGGAUGGGGACCAGCGUCACAAUCCGAAUUCAUGUCACCCACCUUGCUGGCAGCUAAAGUGACAGUGUACGACUGGAAUAAAUGUGAAGAAACGUACUCCUCCGAACUGACACAGAGACUAAUGUGUACAUACGACACGAAUGUUGGUCCUUGUGCUUCUGAUUUCGGAGAUCCUCUGGUGUACAAGAAUGCAGUGUACGGACUGUACGCCGGUGGUUACGACUGUCUCUCUUACCCUGCUGUGUACGUGAAUGUACCUAUAUUCGUCGACUGGGUCAAAAAUACCAUUAAAGAGUAAAUG